ACUUUCCAUUUUGAAAGCUCAGAGUUAUAUAAGUGGUGUUUCCUGUGAAAAUAAGUGUGUAUGGUGAUGAUAAUUUGGCUGGUGGUUUGUUUUGUAUUUACUGUCGCACGAACUUUCUCCUCUCUUCAAAAUUGAGUUGGGGUAAGUUUAAAGAUAAUGACCCUUCAUAUGAGAUAAGUGUCUUACAUUCCUAACAUUGCAUUCGUUCAUCACACAUACACAUGAUGAUACACUCACUUCUAAACCUAUACUCCAGAGAAGAGGAUACCUGUUCGGUGUUCGAAGGAGCAUCUACUGUCAACUUAAUUUUCCUGAUCUUUAUAACUAUCGGUAUCAUAGUUAGUUAUUUGCCUCAAUAUCAUAGAAUCUAUCAAAAGAAAACAUCAGAAGGAUUAUCAACCAACUUUUUAUUAUUAGGGUCAUGUUCUGCCAUAUUCACGUUAACUAAUAUCAUAUUGGUAAGUUCUACUGCUCGUUAUUGUUGUUUUAGUGGAGCUCUAAGUAGAUUCAAUUGUAUUAAUUCCCAACUUAAUUUAAUCCAAAUAGGCAUACAAUGUACAUGUGCCAUAUUAAUAUUGAUAUUUGUCUUGUUAAUAACUAGACAUUCAUUAAAACAAGAUAAAGAAGAGUUUCAAAGAAUCAUCGUGGUGAGUAAAUUCGUUACACUUCAUGGAAUACUUUCACUUAUUCAAAUUGUGAUUGGAUUAUCAUCCAACAAAAACAUACUUUACUCCAUUGCCAGUGUGAAUGGGUUAUUAUCGACAUUAUUAACUGUGGUGAAAUAUGUUCCGCAAAUUCAUACGACGUAUGUGUUGAAACAUCCAGGUACUUUAUCAAUUGGAAUGAUGUGCAUUCAAACCCCAGGUGGGUUUAUAUUUACUGCUACUUUGUUCUUUACUAAAGGAUCUCAUUGGAGUUCUUGGGUAUCAUAUUUAGUAGCAGCUUUAAUGCAAGGAGCUUUAUUAACUCUUUGUAUUUAUUAUGAAUACUUUGCUAAAGACGGUGCUAAUGCUGAAGAGUUAGAAAGAAGAGCAGUGGAAAGAAUAAUAGAAGAAAAUUUACAUGAUGAUGAUACUGUUCCCAAUACUAAUAAUGAAUUAAGAACUAGUAGUAGAGAUCCAUUACUUGAAUAGAUGUAUAGUAAUAUUAAAAUAUAUAUAUAUAUAACAUGUAACAUGCAAUUGAUUAUAUAAUACACAUUUUUUAGCU